AUGAUCUCCGUCCGAGCCGCGACGCUUGCGCUCACCGCCCUUCUCCUGGCACCCCUCGCAGCGCAAGCCGCCGAGGUAGACCAAUACUGGAACGUCGCUUGGGUCCCAGACCUCAACCUCGACGGCCUCUACACACGUCGCGUCAUUGGUGUCAAUGGCAGCUGGCCUCCUCCCAUUAUCAAUGUCAACUCGACUGAUGUAGUACGCAUUCACGUGAAUAAUGACUUUGGAGAUGGCACACCCACCACACUACACAGUCAUGGAAUGUUCUUCAACAAUACGGGAUGGUCAGAUGGAGCUACUUAUGUCACCCAAUGUCCCAUACCAGAUGGAUCGACGUACACGUACGAGAUCAUCAAUUCUCCGAGUUCACCCAAUGGAACAGAAUUGCAGUCGGGCACAUACUGGUGCCACGGACAUCUCGCUGGCCAAUACGUCGACGGCUUGAAGACAGCGAAUAUCAUCCACCCCGAGACGGAGGCACAUGCCUACGACGAAGACUACACCGUCGUGCUGACUGACUGGUACCAUGACGAGUACGCCGUCCAGAUGAAGUCGUUCCUCUCAACGACGAACCCCACCGGUGCGGAGCCAAUUCCAGACUCUGCCCUCAUGUACUUUGCCCACACUCCCAAUGUGGCAGGAGGAGCAUCUUGGCUGCCAGGCUUCAACGACAAUACUUCUAUCCCAGUCACACCUGGUAAGACGUACAGGCUGCGUAUCAUCAACAUGAGCAGUCUGGCCAUGUUCCACUUCUGGAUCGAUGGUCAUCAGAUGAGAAUCAUUGAAGCAGAUGGAGUCGACACCCAAGAGUACCCCAUCGACGAGGUGGUGGUGAGCGUCGCCCAGCGAUACUCGGUCCUUGUCACGGCCAAUGAUGAUGCCUUGGAGAAUUUCAAAAUCCACGCCAACAUGGACCCGGAAAUGUUCGACACAGUUCCUGACACACUUCAGCUCAACAUUACCUCGACUUUCGAGUACAGCACCGAUGCCAAUACGCCCGUGGCCGAAGAAGAGACGCGCGACUAUGCCAUGUUCGAUGAUACGGUCCUGGUGCCCUUCUACCCCUCAAAUGCACCCCCGGCCGACACGUUCAAGGACAUGAAUGUCUGGUUCGACACUCGCAGCAAUGGUGAGAACUAUGCCGCCUUCAACAACAUCUCCUUCAUCUUCCCACAAACCCCCAGCAUCAACACUCUCCUCUCGAUGGGAGACGUAGCUCUGUACCCUCAAGUGUACGGCCCUUCUACAAAUGCCUUCGUCUACAACCAUAUGGACAUCAUCGAAGUGACCAUCUUCAAUUGGGAUGCGGGCUUCCAUCCUUUCCACCUCCACGGCCAUCAAUUUUGGAUGGUGCACAAGGCUCUAGUAACUGAUUCGGCAGACGCAAUGGAGAACCCACCGUACGACCCUACCGCUGUGGCAACCAACCCAAUGAGGAGGGACACCGUCAUGGUCCCUGCUGGCGGGUCCGCCACGAUCCGUUUCGUAGCAGACAACCCAGGGCAGUGGCUCUUCCACUGCCACAUUCAACCGCAUCUCAGCUCUGGUCUAGCAGCCAUCUUCGUCGAAGCCCCCUCGGUAGCACAAUCGCGUCUCACCCUCCCCUCGUACGCUACAGAUGCAUGCAACGCAAUGGGAAUCUCCACCACGGGCAAUGCGGGAGGACUCAACUCUACCACUGACUUUGGGUCGCUCGCGGUGGAAGUUCCACCGCUCGUCACAGGAUGGACACCUGCGGCUGUGGGAAGCGUGGUGGGAUGCGCGAUUACUGCUGCGUUGGGGCUGCUUACUGUGCUCAUCUAUGGAUUGGGCGGGGAGAGUGGAAAGGAAGAGGAAGAAGAGGAGGAGGACAAGUAA